AGCUUGACGCGGGGAGCGGGUUCCUGGGCAGUCGCCGGUGGACGCGUGCACCUUGAGCGGAAGUGGGGUUCGCGCGCGCCGUGCUGCGCUUCCGGGGCGCCUGGAGAGGCGGGACCUACGGGUGGCAUUGCCGUGCUCCAGAACGGGGUGAUAAAGCGGCUUCCUAGAAAAGAUCACUGCAGUUGUCUUGUCUUGUUACAGUAAUCCAGCUCAUUCAUUUUAGUCUGCUUCCAUUGUAUAGAGCUCAAGUAAGGAUGCCUUAAGAAGAUAACUAUGGAUAAGUAUAUUAAAGUGCGAAAGAUUGGAGAAGGAUCCUUUGGGAAAGCAAUUCUUGUCAAAGCUAAAGAAAAUGGCCAACAGUAUGUUAUCAAGGAAAUAAACAUCUCUAAGAUGUCAAAUAAGGAGAGAGAAGAAUCAAGGAGAGAAGUUGCUGUAUUGGCCAACAUGAAACAUCCAAAUAUUGUCCUGUAUAGGGAAUCAUUUGAAGAAAAUGGCUGUCUCUACAUAGUAAUGGAUUACUGUGAAGGAGGAGACCUGUUUAAAAGAAUAAAUGCCCAGAAGGGAAUCUUAUUCUCUGAGGAUCAGAUCCUGGACUGGUUUGUACAAAUCUGUUUAGCGCUAAAACACAUACAUGAUAGAAAAAUCUUGCAUCGGGACAUAAAGUCACAGAAUAUAUUCUUAACGAAAGAUGGAACAAUACAGCUGGGAGAUUUUGGGAUCGCCAGAGUUCUUAACAGUACUGCAGAGUUGGCUCGCACUUGCAUAGGAACACCGUACUAUUUGUCACCUGAAAUAUGUCAGAACAAACCUUACAACAAUAAAAGUGAUAUCUGGGCCCUUGGUUGUGUUCUUUAUGAAAUGUGCACACUUAAACAUGCGUUUGAGGCUGGUAACAUGAAGAACUUGGUACUGAAGAUAAUCUCUGGACCUUUCCCUCCUGUUUCUACACAUUACUCCUAUGACCUACGUAAUCUACUCUCACAGUUAUUUAAAAGGAAUCCUAGGAACAGACCAUCAGUAAACUCCAUAUUGGAGAAGAACUUUAUAGCCAAACGGGUUGAAAAGUUUCUCACACCACAGCUUAUCGCAGAGGAAUUUAAUCACAAAAUCUUCCAGAAGUUUGGACCACAUGCUGCACCUGCUAAAAGACCAGCUCAAGAACAAACACUGACUUCAGCUGGACCAACUCAGAAAAUUACCAAACCUGCUGCAAAAUAUGGAGUGCCUUUAGGUAUCAGGAGGUCUUGUGAUGCACCCAGAAAGCCUAAUGAGAAGAAGCUGUUGACUAAAUCUAGACAGGAACCUUCAAAAAAGAAAAGGCUAGAAUUACCUGAAAAACGCCAGAGAGAUCAGAUCAGUUUACUGAAGGCAGAUGAAAUGAGAAGAUUGGAAAAAGAGAAGAUGGAACGAAUAAACAGAGCCAGGGAACAAGGAUGGAGGAAUGUGCUUGGUUCAGGUGGAAGUGGUGGUGUUAAGGCACCAUAUUAUGGCGGUGGAGGUGGUGUUGGUCCUUUUCCUGUAUCUUCCAGAGGACAAUAUGAACACUAUCAUGCUAUUUUUGAUCAGAUGCAACUGCAAAAGGAAAACAUUAGAGUAGCUGAAGAGAGGGAAGCUCAAUUAAGGGCGAAAGUACAAGGCCGAGACGUUGUUGAAAGAGGAAUUCCACCUGGAAUACGUCCAGGAGUUCCUAAGGGCCCUGCUGGUCAUCACCAUUUACCUGAUGAUGCAGUUAGGAAAAAAAUGAAAAGAUUGAAGGAGGUGUCUAAACAAGCCAAUGCAAACAGGCAUAAAGGAUGGAUAGCUGCAGAUAGAGCAAAGCAAGUUGAAGAAUUCUGGCAACGAAAGAGAGAAGCCAUGGAAAACAAAGCUCGAGCCGAGGGACAUAUGGGUACACUGCAAAACGUGGCAGAUAUCUAUGGAGGCAGGCCUAUUUCUGCAAGAGGAAAGAAAUCCAGAAACAAGGAGGAAGAGGAAUAUUUGGCAAGAUUAAGACAAAUCCGGCUACAAAACUUUAAUGAGCGUCAGCAGAUUAAAGCAAAACUUCGUGGAGAGAAGAAUGAAGGUGCCAGUUCUGAUGGACAAGAAUCAAGCGAGGAAGCAGAAUUUAAGCGCAAAAAGAUAGAAGCACAGAAGGCCCAAGCAAAUGCUCGAGCUGCAGUUCUGAAAGAACAGUUAGAGCGAAAGAGAAAGGAAGCGUAUGAAAGAGAGAAAAGAGCCUGGGAAGAACAUCUGAUAGUGAAAGGAGUAAAGAAUCCUAAUGUACCUUUUCAUGUGGGAGCUACAGAACCCAGUCCUCUGCAUGGACAACAAGAGCUUGGCACAGCUUUUCCUAAGCCACAACUUCCAGUGAAGCCUGGUACACCAGUCAUCUCCAUGACUUCUGCUUUGAAGGAAGUGGGUGUGGAUGAAAAUGUAACUUCUGUCCCAGAAGCUAAGGAGGAAAUGAAAAAGCCAGAUUUUGCAAUGCAAAAUAAACGAGAAAUACUGAGAAGAUUAAAUCAAAAUAUUAAAGCUCAAGAAGAUGAGAAAGUCAAAAAAGAGUGUAAAAAUAUUUCUGAGUCAGCUGGAUCUGAAGAUGGUAAGGAACAACAAGAAGGUGACCAGCCUCUUCUAGGAGAUCGCAAAAAAUGGGAAUCUAGGGCAUCUGAGUUGGUAGUUCCUCUAGCUGAGUUAUCAAUGGAAGAUUCUCUCUCCAGAACAGACCGUCAAACGCUGGGGGAAGUAAUUAAGUUAGAUAUUACUGAACCUCACAGGAAAGUCUGGGGCAAAAGCCCUACUGAUUCAGUUCUUAGGAUCCUAGGAGAAGCAGAGUUGCAGCUGCAAACUGACUUACUCGAGGAACAAGAUGUAAUAAAUGGAACUGCAGAACUUCUUGAAGGAGAUCAUCAGUCCUUAAUUGUAAAAGAGGAGAAGGAAGAGAGGACUUCUCCUACUGUCGAGGUUCAGUCUUCAGUACCAGUUGGUGUCGCAGAGUCUGAGGUGACUGUACCAGAAGAAUCUCAAAGAGCUGGACCUGCUGAGGUGCAGAGCAAACCUAUUAUGCCAGAUGUUUCAGAUCCUGAUGAUUUGGAAACAGAGGUGUUGGAAGAAACAGAAGAUGACAAAAAGCAUCAGAGUAAGGAGAGUAAGGAAUUGCCUAUCACUGUUAAUGAAGUGUGGGUAAAAGAGAAGGAAGAUAAGACACAACAUGACAGAAGAAAUGAGGCAGCCUCUGAGAAAAUAGCACUUGACAUUGUGCAACCAGAAAAAGAAGCUCCAGAAGAAACUUCUUCCAGUGACUCUCUGCACCCUGAGCCCUUAUUCCAGAGGGUAAUGCAGCCCAGAGCUGUACCAACAGCCUCACCAGUUCUGUCAACUCAGUCUUCACAGGAAGAGCCUUUUUUACCUCGUUCACGUUCCAUAUCACCAGCAAAAAAUAAAGGCAAAAGUUCAUUGUUGAUUGGACUUUCUACAGGGCUUUUUGAUGCAAACGACCCAAAGAUGCUGAGAACAUGUUCGCUCCCGGAUCUUUACAAACUGUACAGAACUUUAGUUGAUGUUCCCAGUGUAGCAGAUGUGCAGCAUCAAAAUAAUUUUGAAAUAGAUGAUACGGAAGAUGAGCAAACCAAAGAAGGACCUUCUGAUUCUGAGGAUAUUAUGUUUGGUGAGGCAGAUACAGAUUUGCAGGAGCUCCGGGCCUCAAUGGAACAAUUACUUAGGGAGCAGCCUAGUGAGGAAUUCAGUGAAGAGGAGGAGUCUACUUUAAAGGCCAAUGUCGUUGGAUGCAUUGCAAAUGGUACAGAGCUGGAUGAAGGAGAUGAAAAUAACCCCAGCAGUGAAAGUGCACUUAAUGAAGAAUGGCAAUCAGAUAAUAGUGAAGAAGAGAUUGCCAGUGAAUGUGAAGAAUGUGAUAGUAUCUUCAGCCAUUUGGAAGAGUUGAGAUAUAACCUUGAACAGGAAAUAGGCUUUGAGAAAUUCAUUGAAGUUUAUGAGAAAAUAAAGGCCAUACAUGAGGAUGAAGAUGAAAAUAUUGAUAUUUGUUCAACCAUAGUUCAAACUAUACUUGGAAAUGAACACAAACACCUGUAUGCCAAAAUACUUCACCUAGUUAUGGCAGACGGAGCCUACCAAGAAGAUAAUGAUGAAUAAACCUGACUCAGGAAAUUCCUUAAUGCUGUACUACAUAUCAGUGCUUUGAAACCUGCACCAGCCGAAUGACGAAUUGUAGUGGAGAAUGUAACAAGGGGCAGGAGAAGCAAGACUACAGACGAGAAUGUAUGAAAAAAAGAGAAAAACAUGCCUUUUAACACUAAGAUACCUAUACACUUCUCUUGUGUGCACUUGCAUUCAUUGUACUUGUGUUCAUUAACUACUAGAUGCCCAAAAAUUACAAGUAAAACAAAACAAACCCCAAACCUGUAAUCUCGCACAUUCCAAAAGUACUGUAGAGAGGAAUACCUGUGGAUAUUCUGAUACAAAACUGAGACCUGAAACGUAAAACAGAGUUCCUGCUUUAUCAACAGUUGGCUGGUUUGGUUAAGAAAUUGGAAGGAUUCUUGUGUUUCGGAAGUACCCACCUCUGUAGCUAUUCACUUAUAUACUUAAAAUAGCCUCUUUUACACCUGCAUAAAGAAAUUACUUCCUUUUUAUUAACCCUUGUGGUUGCAUUUUAAUAGCAUCUUAAUCUAGUAAAUUAUUGUAUUUUGAAGCUGAAGGCUUCUGUCACUUUUGAAGCAGUGUCAUCUGAAACAUCUUAAUGGUGUUUCUAAGUCAAGGAAAACCGGUACUGCUAUCGUCACUGAAAUGUUUGGGUUUUUGAGAUUGUAAAGUUCAUUUGAAACUAGAAUACUUUUUCCCCCCUGAUUCUUUUCUUCCUUUUCCCCUUCUCCAACCCCUUCCUAAAAUCCCAAGUAUUUAGCUCUUUGGAAUGUUGUCAGUCUGGUUGAUGAUGAUGCGGUAAGUUGUUGAAUUGAAAGGGGUGGGUUUUUCCACUUUGUUUUUAAAUUCUUACUGUUACGCUCUUGCCUCCAGCAGCCACAACAGGGAAUGGAAGUACUUCCCAUCUUUUGACUCAUGUUUUGUAGCCUGAUUUCCACAACCCCAAAAGAGAAAACGGUUUUCUUCUGCCAAACGCUUCCUUGUUCCUCCUGUCAAAGCAGUACUAUGCACAGCAGGCAGUAGGUGUGUUGUUUUCCAGUCGUUCUCUCUGGAUCAGCUUUAUUGCCUUACCCAUACAGUAAGUCUCUUGUUACAAAUCUGAUGAACUGUCAAAUUACCAACUGACUUGUUGGAAAAAACAAUAGGUCCCUAUAGGGUUUCUUUCAGCUACAGCCAGUCACAAUCUAAAACUGUCAAAGUUACUGUUUCACAAAUAACUAUAUAUCUAUUUUAUUUGGAACUGUCAAAAUAUGUACAUGAUUUUUGUAUAAUUGUUUUAUGGUGUUGUUAUUAAAGUUUUGCCCACUGACAGGUGUUAAUUUUUUUAAGCACUUUCAGUCCUUGGAGGUAGACCAAAUGUAUUCUAUUUCAGCUGUAUCCUGGGAACCUGCAGUGAGAAUAAAAUGAGUAAUCAUAAAUGCCUUUAAGGGAUUACAAUUUUUAUAUCCUUAUUUACUUGAUAAAUUCUUCUUGCUUCAUCUGAUAGAACAUAGGAUUGUUGUUGGAAACAAUGCUGCUUGUCUUCUCCUUCCCAUUCCUUUUUUAUUUUUUAACUUCCCACAGUAAAUUUGGGGGAUUUUCACUAGGCUUCUCUUCCAUUCCACUUCUCUGUUCCGCAGUGAAAUGAUCCUCCUGAGGAUCACCUAGGGCACUUAGCAAACAUACUGUAAUAAAGAAUAAGUCUCUAUUAUUUUCCUUUUUUGGGUUUCCUUUUCAUAUCGGACUUUGCCCACCUUUGGGGCAAAGGGGAGGACCCCAGACCUUUAGAUUUAAAAGAUUAUAGAUUAACCAUAUGGAAAGAAGAGACUAUACCAGCUGGUAUAUUUGCACUUGAUGGGUUUAGGUCUGAAGGUGAGAGGCUGACUGAAGCUAAGGGUUGAGUGUUUCAUUAUUUUUAAAUUGAAGUCAUGUUAUCAACAUUCUUCAUUUUUUAUGCAGUGCAGUGGCUUGCUUCUGCUAAGAAAAAUGGACAUAAUCUGCAGGCUUUGACCUUUACAGACAUAGAGCUUUUUAUCAAUUAAUCAUUUGAAAAAAUAUGCAUGGAUUGGCCACAGCUUUUCAAGAAUAACCUUCAAACAUACUAACCAAUACUGGAUAUUCUUGAAACCCCUUGCUGGUUUAAAAUUGACACAGCUAGUUUGUCUGCUAAACAGAUGCUUUUACCAGAUAUUUUAAAUCCCUAUUUAAGGUACACUACAAUGACAUCAAGGACAGUGUGACUUUUCAGGACAAUUUAUUGGUCUGUAUAUAAUAGCUUAUUGCAAUUAGUUGAGCAUUUGGCUUGUAUUCAUAUUACACUCUAUAAAGAAUUUUCUGUUGUAAUUCUAGUAUCAAGUUGAGAUACAGAAUGGUAUUUUUGGCACAAAACAGUCUGUAAACUUAUUUCACAUUGUGUCCUCGUCCUCAGUCUUUCAUCUUGACCCCCAAAGCCAACUGUAGUUCAGAUAAGGGAUCUUUAAAAAAAAAAAAACACACCACCACAAACAAACUAACCCCACACAGACGCCCUUCCAAAAAAACCCAAGCCCAUAAUGCCCCUGUUGUGCUGCCCUGCAGACAUGGUUGUAGUCCAUGACACUGGAAUCUCCUGGCUAAGAGCCGUGUGAAACUGUGUACGCCUUGGGUUUUCUGGCCUUCAAUAGACUAGAGCAAGGUGGAGCAAAACCCCACCAGCGAGGCAGAACUAGAGGGAAAACAUCCCAUAGCCAGUGGUAGGGAUAUGGGGUCUUGACUGCUAACUGGCUUUGUUUUGAACUCAACAGGUACAGUAAUCCUACCCGUGGCACUGAUGCCUGAACUCUGUUUCAAAGAACAAAGUCUGAAGAGAGUUCUGCUUUUCACUUUGCUGACCUUUGAACAUGUAUUUGAAGUUCCUGCUAGAAGGUACCUCAGAAAAAUAAUGGUUCCUUGUUGGGCAACACGAACCAAAGCACAUCACUGAUAUUUCUGUCCUCUGGUCUGUUCAAGCACAGUUUCUCAGCUAGUACCAGUCACGCACACUUUACGCUCCUUUUCUGGGAGGAUAGGAGGAUGGCAUGGUCUGUCCAGUCUGCCAAAAUGACUAAAUGCAAAUUUAAACAAAACAUGAUACUUCUAGCAUGAUUGUGGCAGUGUGUGUGGUUUGACUCUGUACCAGUCUCCCUCCAGCAGUGGAAGUGUGCCCCAACUAAGCUGCUGAUUUGACUUUUGCUUCUCCACUAAAAGCACUUCAUCAAGCCUCAAAUGAAGCUAAAAUCUACUUAACUUUAUUAACUGCGAUAAAACAAAGACGAAUACAGAAAUUUGAUUUUUCAAGCCUUUUUCUUCCCAAGUAAUUGCGUGCUUUCUCAGAUCUUAUGUUAACACUUCUUCAUUUGUGAACCAUGUAGGCUAAAGUUUUGCAUAAAAUAGACACCAAUGGUUACCUUUCCUAGAACAUUUCUUUUUGUCAUUUUUUUCACAGCAGUUUAGAUGGAGUAAUUUGCAGAGUUUAAGUACUAGUUUGAAAAUCCAUAAAGAGCUUCUUCCUUUAAAUUGAAUUUGUGUGUUAACGCAAUACACACUUUGAAUGCAUUUCCAAGUUGAUAUGUUUUCCAGCUGAGGUGAUGAGUUCAUCAAUUCAAAUAGCAGCACUUAGAGUGGUUGGCUGUGCAAGAGUCAUAAAAACACUUCUUCAGUACCUAAAACCUUAAUUGAACUGCUUCCAUAAAGAUAUAUUAAUUUGUAGUUACUUGUGAGACACGUAUGUAGGAGUUCAGAUGCUUCUGCUAAAUUGCUUACCUUGAGCACCUCCAGUCUGGUGUACUCUUCUGGAUUUUAUUUCCAAGACAUUUUUAAACCAAGAUGUGAUUUAGCUAAUUCCAUUAAAUCUCUUUUUAAACGAUACAGUUUAAAAACUGACAGCACCAAAGACUUGGAGAGUUUUUUUCGCAUUAGCUGCACAACAAAAGUCCAAGCCAGGGGAGUUGCACAAUGGGAAAACUCGAGCCAGGCAGCAUUUGGUUCAUUUCAGGAUGGCUGUGACAGUUCUUUCACAAGUCAUCCCUGAGGCUGACUGUAUCAAGUGUGAGGCUGGGGCAUUGCAUGACUCACUUCUGCUUGGCUGAUGGAUGUUCCCUUAGGGACUGCAGUCAGCCAGGAGAAAACACAAAAGGAACCAUAAUCAGGUUCUUGACAUACCCUCGUUUUGCUGUAUCCUGCAGCCAGUCCUGACAGUAAUCUCUUCUCUAGGGGAAGGGAUGAGGUAUGCAUUUUUGUUAUAUCCUCAAUAUAGCAUAAAACUUCCCCAGAUUUAAACUGUAGGCAAAACCUCCGUGGUUCUCACUCCCUUAGUAAAAUUUUAAAUCUCAAGCAAUACUUCAGGGAUGCUAUUUUUUCCUUCUAUUGCCUUCCCCAUCAGCAGUCAAGAGAUCUCAUCACUGUUUGCUUUAUUGCUGUUAGAACUGGUUUAAAUGUUACCAGAGUAGUUUUGCAAAAUUAAAGUCCGUAGCCUUUUUCUGAAGAAGUGAUCACUUUGAUGGGGACAUAGAAAAGACAGAAAACCCAAGAUGCCGUUAAUGAUGAGCUAGAGCUCUGUCUGUUGUGGAGUUGUAUCAACAUGACCAGCGCUUAAAGGGGCAGUACGUCUCCUUUUUAAAAACUGCUGUAGCUGUUGUACUUCCUCUGGACUCAAUUUCUUCCUCGGUAUUAAGCUGUAACAACUGAUAAAGAUGUUUAAAAGACAGUAAUAAAAUUGUCUGAUUUACCGUUAUUGUAGGGCAUUUAGUGGAUCCUUUCCCACUGAUGUUAAUUUUGGAGAAUUUACUAGAUCUGUAUUUUCCUAAUAGCAAAAAUAUAUGGAGAAUUAUUUCCACAGCAGUAGAACAUCUUGCCUUGAAUUGUAUAUCCAGUUCUGCCCUGGACUUUAGUAUAUCAGUUAAUAAUCACAGUGCCCUCAAUAACUUCACUCACUGCAUGUACUUAAUUCACUUCAUGGCCUCCUUUCCUCAGAUGACCCCUAUUGCUUUCCCUGCAUUGGGCAAUCUUGUUUGUCCAGGAAGAGGCUCCAGCAAAUUUUGACUCUAACUGACAGUACAGUUACCUAUUGCCAGCUGGGAAAGGAAGCCCAGAUCAAACCUGGACUGUGAACUUUGUUAAACAUGCAGUGAUCCUACAGCAACUAACUGGUCUGCUCAGAUCAGUAAUGGGCAGAUUUUCCACCAUGAAAAACACUAUCUAGCCAUUCGUACAGAGCAUGGAUGACCAUAGCCAUGAGAUCUCCUUCCUCCCAGUAAAACUUAAAGAAAGCUUGAGUCAGAUCCGUCUGUGAUCUCUCAAGAUCCUCCUGUUCUCAGAUGUUUUUUUCUUCUGCUAAUGAUUAUCAGGACCGACAUGAGGAAAUUGAGGCAUGGACUCCUGAACUCAUGUUAACAGAAGACCCUCUCUUGCCAGGGCAGGCUGCUUUUAUACAACUCUGAAUACAAAACUUUGGUAUUAUCUGAUUGGCUACUAACAACUGUCCACGUGCUCAAACUACAAAAUAACUGGUGAACAGGCAACUGAUCACAUGCUGUUGACGUGCAACCCCAAUUUCUUCUUUGGGUCUUAGAAGGCUACAAGUGUUUCUUGUUCUUCUGUCUUUGGUGCUUUCCACAGGUAUUUUAGGGACUUUCCCAGCAAUGUUUUUCUGUUGUCUGCUUCUUCAAGGUCCUUCAAGGGCACUCUUGAGCUCAGUCCAUUCUGCAUUUUCCACAAAACUCUCCACACCAACAAAAUGUGAUGUGCCCACCCUCAGGCAUCGGCACAAAGCUUAGCAGUGUUGAAUACACUGCUGAGAAGAUGGGUUUGAGCCAAGGCACCAGACUCUGAGCUGCAGUUGGGGAGGAUAUGAGCACAUCUUCCAUCCUGCUUCACUUAUUCUGCCAUCAUGAAAGUAAUCUCCAUCAGAAGUAUGGGGUAUAACAAACAGAGCUAUAAUGUAAACCACUUUGUAGCAGUUCCUAAAGCACGGCUGCCAAGGAUGGUGCGAGACUGCUUGUGCACUUAGUAAGAGAAAUUUAUGUAUGAACAUAUGAUGUGAGCUAAGCCUGCUGAGGAGAAAAAGCUGUUUAGCAUAAAAUGUUUAUCUUGCAUGAAUCAAGUCUUAAUGUAUGAACUUAACACUAUUUUUGUUUUCAGUCCCUUGCAAAACUCCCCACAGAUGUUUUAUUCUGCCUCGCAGCAGUUAAAAAUGUGAGAAGUGUCUAAAUGAUACAGCUUUACAUAUUUAGUACUUGUGAAAUUACCUGUUUUGUCAUAUGAUAAACCAUGGGGCUUUGUUAGGAGGAUCACGCUAAUCCAUAACAUGAAACAGGUCCGAUCCCUUCCUACAGUCACUAGCUUUAACAAAGCUGUCUUUGCUACCUCAGCUCAGGUAUUUUCAGCUUAAAAUCAGAAGCCUUGCAUGCAAGGCCUGCUAAGGUGUGGGGUGUCUCUCCCACCCCUCCAUUCUGCAUUUCUGUCUUAGUGCUGUCUGAAAAAAAUGCUGCUCACCUACAGUUACAUUGAUGUUCCUGGAAAUUACAGGUACCUCACCUCUGGAAAAGAAACUGUGAUGCUUUUUCAGCCUUAGGGAACUGUAUUCCUUGCCAUAGGAUAACACAGAGGUCAGAAGGCUUUGUGAUUCUUGGACAGAAGAAUGUGUAGAAUAAUAAAACUGGGGAAAAAUGCGCUGAAAGCAUCUGGGAGAUUUUUUCGUGCACGCUAGACAAUAUAUUCUGUACUCGCAUUCUGUGACUAAGUUUAGGCCUACAAUGAGCCAAAUAAAACAGCAGGGAAGCCUCCCCUGUGUUUCUUGCCUCCGUUUCUUACUAACAUUUUUACGUUCACUCCCUCCCUCUCCUAAUGGGAGCUGGGGGAAAAGUGCCGAGUACAGCACUAAUGACAUGAAGAAAAACACUGAUGGAAGCAGCAGGGAGGCCAACAUUUCAACCAUACUCUCUCCCCUGCCCAGGAAAAUUUCUGUAAUCUCUUGACACCUCCCAUGGGAAAUUUUAAAUUGACGAGACUCUUUGCCAAGUAGAUACAAAAAAUGGCAUUAAAAUAGUAUUGUUUCUGACUUAAUCCUCCUGAAGUCAAUGAAAGUGAGUUAAGGUUCCCAUAGCAG